AUGGCAUGUGGAAAGAGCUUCAGUCAAACUGGAUAUCUUAGAAUACACCAAAGAAUUCACACAGGGGAGAAACCAUUUGAAUGUUUUGAGUGUGGAAAGAGCUUCAGUGAAAGUGGAGCACUCAGAAGACACCAACAAACUCACACAGGGGAGAAACCAUUUGAAUGUUUUGAGUGUGGAAAGAGCUUCAGUGUUAGUGGAUCACUUAGACUACACCCACAAACUCACACAGGGGAGAAACCAUUUAGAUGUUUUGAAUGUGGAAAGAGUUUUAGCAUAAGCGGAGCACUUAUAAUGCACCAACGAACUCAUACAGGGGAGAAACCAUUUAAAUGUGUUGAAUGUGGAAAGAGCUUCAGUCGAAAUGAUACACUUAGAAGACACCAACGAACUCAUACAGGGGAGAAACCAUUUGAAUGUUUUGAGUGUGGAAAGAGCUUCAGGGAUAGUGGAAAACUUAGAAUACACCAAAGAAUUCACACAGGGGAGAAACCAUUUGAAUGUUUUAAAUGUAGAAAGAGCUUCAGUGAAAGUGCAAAACUUAGAAGACACCAACGAACUCACAGAGGGGAGAAACCAUUUGAAUGUUUUGAGUGUAGAAAGAGCUUCAGUGAAAGUGGAUCACUUAGAAUACACCAACGAACUCACACAGGGGAGAAACCAUUUAGAUGUAUUGAAUGUGGAAAGAGUUUUAGCAUAAGCGGAGCACUUAGAAUGCACCAACGAACUCAUACAGGGGAGAAACCAUUUAAAUGUAUUGAAUGUGGAAAGAGCUUCAGUCGAAAUGAUACACUUAGAAUACACCAACGAACUCACACAGUGGAGAAACCAUUUAAAUGUAUUGAAUGUGGAAAGAUCUACAGUCUAAGUGGAGCACUUAGAAUACACCAACGAACUCACACAGGGGAGAAACCAUUUAAAUGUAUUGAAUGUGGAAAGAGCUUCAGUGAAAGUGGAGCACUUAGAAGACAUCAACGAACUCACACAGGGGAAAAAUCACAGAUACUUUAA